GGAAAUCCUUUUUUCCACAGCUCUCCUCCACCUCACGAGAUUAACGGGAACACGCUCGAACAGCCGCAAUCAUGGGUAUCUCAAUGUCGAAGCUCUUUACCGGCCUCUUUGGCAAGAGGGAGAUGCGUAUAUUGAUGGUCGGGUUGGUGUGUUCGCCUUUUCGCUAUUUUCUUUCCCCCAUCCUUUCCUUGCACUUAUCUCUGGGCCAACUCGGGUCGCUUGGUGCCAGUUUUUCUCUUGAUUUUUUCUUUCUUCCCAUGCCCGAGUGAUGUGCAUGCUGCAGGGGUGGUUAGGGUUGACUGGAUUGCUGACGUUUUUACCUUAUCUCGCCCAGGAUGCCGCCGGUAAAACUACAAUUCUUUAUAAGUUGAAGCUCGGAGAGAUCGUUACUACGAUCCCCACCAUCGGUAAGAAGCUUCUUUUACCCGCUCUUUGCUUUUGCCGGGACAUUCCGUCCAUGGAAGGGUCUGAGACAUGGUGGCACCAUGUGUUUAUUAUUUUGUUUUAUUUUAAUGUCUCGUUCGCUAACGGUUCGUUGCAGGGUUCAAUGUUGAGACUGUUGAAUACAAGAACAUCUCCUUCACCGUCUGGGAUGUUGGUGGACAGGACAAGAUUCGUCCCCUCUGGCGCCAUUACUUCCAGAAUACCCAGGGUAUCAUUUUCGUUGUCGACUCCAAUGACAGAGAGCGUGUCAGUGAGGCACGUGAGGAACUUCAGAGAAUGUUGAAUGAGGAUGAGCUUCGGGACGCUUUGCUCUUGGUGUUUGCCAACAAACAGGAUUUGCCGGUGAGCAUUGACGAACGAGUCAUAUUCACUGGGCUCAUUACUGACUCAGAGUUAGAAUGCCAUGAAUGCUGCAGAGAUCACUGAUAAGCUUGGCCUGCAUAGUUUGAGGAACAGGGCUUGGGUAUACUUUUUCACUGCCUGUAUUCUAAAAUUUGCCACUCUGACAGCUGUUCUAGUACAUCCAAUCAACCUGCGCUACUUCAGGAGACGGUCUUUACGAGGGAUUGGAAUGGCUUAGUAGCAACUUGAGGGCGCGCAAGUAGAUUGUCGGGUUUCCCUUUCGUCCUUAAUUCUCGCAGUCCCCUCCAUUAUCCCUAAAUCUCGACGGUUCCAGAAUUAGUGUUCCCUAGGCAGUCAAUUCAAACUUCGUAUCGUUUUCCGGGAGCAAUUUCCGGGGCAUCCAACUUACUAAAAUUCAAAAAGAAAGCUUAAUGGGUGGAAAUGAGGCAUGGGGGUUUUUUCUUUUUUUCUUCGGUUCCCUUUUCUGUAUCCCUUCUCUUUUGCGAAAUUCUAGCUUGAUGUGUUUUUAAAUGGUGUGGUUUGGCUGUAGUGGUCUUGGGGUGGAGAUGGCAAUGAGCAAUGAAUGCGAUGGAUAUAAAA